AUGAGUCAAUACAAUCAUCUUGUAAUCAAUAGAAAUGGAGGUAGUAGUGGGAGAGUUCCUCCCAAUUCAUAUUCACCUUCUCAAAUUCACCGUCAAGAUAGUGGCACACUUUCUGAAUUGUCAAAUUCGGACGAAAAAAAACCUCUUCCAAAUAAACCACAUGCUUCACCAAUGACAAGUUCAUUUCUGAAAGUUCCUAUUAUGGACGAUCAAAUCGAAGAACUUUUAGAUAUUUCUAAACCUUCCAACAUAAGUGAAUUAAAAAAAUUAGCGGAGAACCAUCCAACUCAGUGGAGUCCAAAAAGUUUAAUAAGUGCACUUGAAAGACUUUCUGACACGUCCUCAUACAAUUACACCGUUAAAGAGACUUUUAUAAUAUUUGAAUUACAUCUAAGGACUUUCGCUUCGGUACUUGAGGUGUUUUGUCAAAAUCCAAUUAUCCUGAACCGCAAUUUAAGACAGAGGCUUUACGAUUCACUAACCGAAUUUAACGACAUACACCACAAUAUAUCUUCUGCAAUGGAGCAUGGGUUGCAUAAAACCUGGAAAGGAAAAUUACAACAUUUAAAUGUAGUUGACAUUGAACUCGAUCUCCCAACCGGUUGCGUUCAACGUAAUUACAACAUUGAUUUUCUAUUGAUUCACCUUCGAGACACCAUUCAUAGUUUGAGCGACGACGAAACGAAAUUUCGGGAAGGUUGGAGAAGGGUUAAAGAAUUCUUUAAGGGCGUUUUGGGUCUAGCAUCUGGAAUCGGUGCUGUCGUGGGAGUUCCAAGCUUUAUUGACAACGCAAAUGCAUUAACCACGUGGGGAAAGAUGAGAGAUGCAUUCGGAUUCAAAGUCCCAGUUUCAAAUUCUUACAAAGACUGGAGACUCUUGCUGAUGUUGAAGCAUACGUUAGAUACUGAAGCUAAUAGUCAGCGUCUCAAGAAAUUCGGAGAAAGGAUGCUUCUCGAAUAUCUCUGGUAUCUGGCGCAGCAAAUCUGGAGUAAGCUUACACCAUCACGAAACGAGGAUUUCGAAUUUUCAAAAGUUUUUAAUAAUAAGAAGAAGCUGUUUGCCGAACUUACUGGAAUAGAACCUCUAUCUUACCCACAUACCUUAUGGUUUGGAAUCCUGGACCUUGCAGGAAAUGUUUCUCUUACCUCCACAAACUCGAUCACGCUCUCCUUAUGUUAUUAUUUAGCUCUGGAAAGUUUAAAUCAUUCCCCGAGCACUUUUAUCAGGUUCAAGGCAAUCGAGCUCCUUUUAAGCCUUGAACACCGAAAAAGGGAUUGGUUCGGUAUCGUGAAAGUGGACUUGGAUGAAUACGCCCAGCACAUUGAAAAGAAGGCGAAGUUUGCAACACUUGUAGAUUUUGUCAAGUACAAACUCGCUAUUUCUUUUCAAUUAAGGAUGAAUUCUCGAAAACCUAGCCUAAAAGCCGCUGACCUUCAAGAUGAUUUUCCGGCUUUUACGGACCAAGGAGAUAAUCCAAUACUUAAUUUGGUUGCGGAAGAAUUAUUAUGUCCUAUAAUGCUGCAGAUUAGCGACGCAUAUUAUGCGUUGAAUUGUGGUCACUUUAUGUCAAAAAAGGCCUUCGAGAUUUAUACGAAGGUUCAGAAUUCGAAAGGAAGGCCGGUGACAUGUUCUAUUUGUCGAAUGGUCAUCGUUGAAGAGAGUAUAACAUUACUUCCACAAUCAUCAACAUUGGGAGCAUUAUCUGAGCGACUCAAUGCUGCAGGACUUAUGCCACAAGAGAAUAUUGCAUCCGAAUAUGAUAUUAUGUCCGUGAUUAGCGUAGUUAGUGAGGAGAUUAAAAAACCUCCAAAUAGUAUGGAGGACGUAAUUUCGAAACAUUUUGUGGGUUCCACAGACCCACCGGAUCGUUUGCAGUACGUAAGGGAUAGUUAUAAAAAGAAUCCUCACACUGCUCUCCUAAUCUUAGACAAACUCCUGAUGUCUGAGAGGAAUGAUCCUUGUGUGCUAUUAGAGCGCGCAAAGGUACAUAUGUACCUUAAACGGUUCGGGGAGGCCUUGCUUGAUUUGACAACCGCCCUUCAAUACGACAAUCACAACAUGGAAUCUUAUUUGCUUAGAUCUCAAAUAAACUUUCAAUUAAAAAAAUUUAAGGAAUCUCUUAAUGAUAUAAAUAUUUAUAUCAACCGGAUCGAAAGUUCAAAAACUGGAGAGGAAAAUUUCCAGCUUUGUCAAAGGGAUUUAGACGCUUAUGAAUUAAGGGGAAACAUUCAUAAAGAAUUAGGCUCCAUACAAAAGGGUAUAUUUGAUUUCAGUGUGGUUUUGGAAAAUGAUAAAUCCAACAUCAAGGUUCUGACUAGUAGAGGAUCCCUCUUUCGAGAACUUCGUAAGUAUAAUGAAGCUUUGGAAGAUUUGACGCAGGCUAUUCGGUGUAACCCGAAUAAUCUAUUCGCUCUCUCACAGCGGGGGUCCGUAUUUUGCAAAUGUGAUCGAUUGUCAGAAUCUUUGGACGAUUUAAAUCACGUGCUGGAUAAUACAUCAAAUGAAGAGGAGAAGUUAUGGUGUUUGGCCGAGCGUGGAGAUGUUUUCCGUAAACAAAACAAAUAUUACGAGGCGCUAUGUGACCUGGAUUAUGUGCUGGAACAGCAACCCAAAAACAUCUUUGCUUUAAGUAGGAGAGGAUGCACCCACUUCAUGUUAAAAAAAUACGACGCGAGCCUUCAGGAUUUGAAUACCGUCUUGAAAUUGGAUAAGCACAAUUAUUUCUCCCUACUCUAUAGAGGGAUGAUGUAUGCUAAUAUGGGUGACCAUUCGAAUAGUUUGAGGGACUUUAACACGGUAUUAAAUCGAUUUCCUGACAAUCUGGUCGCGAUUCGUCAACGAGGAAUUUUGCAAUUUACUGCAAAGAGAUAUGAAGAAAGUCUUUGUGACUUUAAUAAAUUGAUCCAAUUAAAUAAGGGGGACGUGAGAGCGCUCUGUUACAGAGCAGACAUUCUUUGUGAACUUGGAGCGUAUAAAGAUUGUCUUGAGGACUGCAACACGGCUCUGAAGUAUGAUUUGACAAAUUUUCAUGGUCUCAGAGUAAGGGGGAAAGCGCUACGAAGAUGCGGACAAAAUAACAAAGCUCUCAUUGAUUUGGAUAAAGUUCUUGUGCAACAACCUGAAGAUUUGAUUGCUCUCAAUCAAAGAGCUGCUGUCCUAACCUCAAUGAAACGUUUCAACGAAGCUCUCAAGGAUUGUGAAAAGAUAUUAAUUUUAAAUAAACGAGAAGACAUUUCGUCUUUUCAAGAGAGGAUGAAGGUCUACGAUGACCUAUCUGAAGCUCUUGGGGUGGAUGAAAUUUUAAUUCAUCUGGGGCGCGUACUUCAAGAUUCUCCAAAAAAUCCUCUCGGAUUAACAACCCGGGCGUAUAUUUAUCUGCUCAAGUGGGAUUGCGACAAGGCCAUUGAGGAUUUGAAUUUGACCCUUAAACAUAAACCCAAUUAUAUAUUAUGUUUAUAUCAGCGAGCAAAAAUCCAUAGAAUGACAAAGGACUACAAUAACUCAUUAAAGGAUUUAAAGAGGAUCCUAGAGUUAGAACCGGAGAAUAAUUUUGCUCAGACCGAGAAGAAUGAAAUCGAAAGCAUGAAGGAUUUCGAUCAACCAAAUCAUCAUAAUCAAACCUCGUCCAAUCAAAGUCAAACUGGUACUUCACGACGGUCAUCAGAGUCGUCACUCUCUUCUAGUACUUCCGCCUCAGCUUCCUCUUUCAGGUCAGGUGCUCAAAAUCGAUAA